AAAGGCUUCUAACUCCAUUGAUAUUGUUGAUCAUGCAGAUUAUUAAUUGAGAAUCAAGUCUUCAUGUUUUCAAGCAAAGAAUUUGAUCAUGAUAUCUUCGUCAUAUCUUCAAUUCCUCAAAAAAGUUUCCUCCUUUUCACCCAAAUCGCUUAUCAGCACCAUGUCUUCCUCUACAUGCAUGCAAGUCCUUGAUGAUUGCAUCCUCUUGAAAAACCUUUCUUUGGGCUCCCAAGUACACUCCAAGGUCAUCGUAUCCGGAUUCGCAUACGAUUCUUUCCUCUCCAACAAACUCAUCACUCUCUACUCUUUCUGCGGGGAUCUCUCUACUGCAUUGUCUAUCUUUGAACUCUCCCCAAUCUGUAAUAUUUUUCUUCUUAAUUCCAUGGUUAGAGGUUACACGUCUAAUGGUUUAUACAGGGAAGCAAUCAGCUUGUUUCAGAGAAAGCGGGGAGAAGGACUCCUGCCUGAUUCCUAUACUUUUUCUUGCGUUUUGAAGGCCUGCGCUUUGUUGUCGAACCUUCGCGAAGGUGAGAAAUUGCAUCAGCUUGGUGUUGAAAGUGGUUUUGAUGCUGAUAUAUUCGUUUCGAAUUCGCUGAUUUUUAUGUAUGCAAAGUGUGGCAGCUUGGAAGAUGCCGUGCAAGUGUACGAAAGAAUGCCCCAAAGAGAUGUUGUUACUUGGAACUCCAUUAUUUCAGCUUACGCUUUGAAUGGAUUUGAUUCAGACGCUGUAGAAAAGCUAAGUGAGAUGAUUGGCUGUGGAUUCAAGCCAGAUCAGGUGACAGUUAUCAGCAUCCUUACCUUUUGUUCUGCCAUAGAUAUAGUUGUUCGAGAAGUGCAUGGCUUUGUACUUAGAAAUGGAAUUGAGAGUGCUCCCAUGAUUCAGAAUGCUCUGAUUUCUGCUUACGGAAAAUGCGGUUUGACUGAGGAUGCUCAGAGGAUUUUCAAUGGUUUGGUCUGGAAGGAUAAAGUCACUUGGAAUGCUCUGAUUGCUUCUUAUGCUCAGAAUGGGUUGUUUGAGGAGAGCUUGCAGCUUCUGAGAGACAUGAAGGUUUGCAGUUUUGAUUUGGAUGUGGUCACGUACAGCGGUAUUAUCUCUUCUUUAACACAAAACAAUAUGUCCAAUGAAGCAAUGGUGGUCUUUAACGAGUUGUUGAAUGAUGGUUUAAAGCCUGAUGUCGUGGCUAUCGCGAGUGUUCUUCCUUCAAUUUCUCAAAUUUUCUGCUUAGAUUACUGUAAAGAAACACAUGGAUACUCAUUCAGGAAUAGCCUUGAGACAGACAGAAGGGUUAGGAAUGCUCUUGUUUCGGUCUACAGCAAAUGCGGUUCUGUUCAAUAUGCCAAAGAAGUAUUUGAAAAAAUCAAAGACAGAGAUGUGAUUUCAUGGAGCUCAAUGGUUGUGGGCUACUCACAAAACCAGUACUUUGGUGAAUCACUUGAAACAUUAAGGCAGAUGAUAUUAGAUGAAAUAGAGCCAAACCCAGUUACAGUCACUAGUGCAUUGUCUGCUUGUGCUGGUGUUUCUACAUUGAGGCUUGGAAAAGAGCUCCAUUUAUGGGCAACUAAGAAUUCAUUUGAAGGUCAAGCUUUUGUGGGGAGUGCUCUGAUUGAUAUGUAUGCUAAAUGUGGGAGAAUAAGAAACUCUCGAGCAGUGUUUGACCUGAUGGACGAUAGAAACUUAGUCAGUUGGAACUCAAUGAUAGCAGGCUAUGCAAUCCAUGGGCUAGCUCAUAAUGCACUUAAAAUCUUCGAAAUGGUCACAGAACCAGAUGAUGUAACCUUCAUUGCAGCGCUCUCGGCUUGUAGCCAUGGAGGACUGGUUGAGGAAGGGAUUGCAAUUUUUGACAGAAUGAAGGAAUUCAAAUUGGCUCCUAGAGAGAGCCAUUAUGCGUGUAUGAUUGAUUUGUUAGCACGCUCAGGAAGGGUAGAAGAGGCUCUGGAGAUGGUCCGGACAAUGCCAGAAAAAGCCAGUGUUGAAAUUUGGGGAGUUUUGCUUGGGGCUUGCAUGGUGCACUCUAAUUUUGAGAUCGGAGUCUAUACUGGAGAGCAGAUAAUUGAUUCAGGGAGUGCGAAUUCGGGAUAUUAUGUGCUGUUUUCAAAUGUAUUGGCGAAUUUUGGGAGGUGGGGAGAUGUGGAGGAGAUGAGGAGGAAUAUGAAAGAGAAGGGAGUGAGGAAAGGUAGUGGGUGUAGUUGGAUACAAGUGAACAAGAGAGUGCAUUCUUUUGUUGCAAAGGGCAGAACACAGCAUGAUGAAUGGGAGAGCUUGUUCAGUGUGCUAAAAUUCUUGAGUGAACAAAUGAAGGGAAUGUAUUGUUAAAACAUUUUUUUCUUUUUCACAUACUUUUGUUAUUGUUCGUUGUGAAAGGCAUUGAUGAAGUGUAGAGAAAUUUGUGUACAAACUCGGAAGAAGUACUUGCCCUGAGAUUAUUUACUGCU